CAUCAAUCAAAUCUAAUAUAAACACCAUGUAGAGCUGUCAACUGCCCUACUCAGCUCGGUUUAGCCGAGUAAUCUGUUUGACAUUCAAGUUCAAAUGUUUUGCUCAAACAGCAAUGUCAAAUGGAGCUUAAUGCUUCAUAUUCUUGGCAAGCCUAGCUAGUUAGGCAGAGUUUGUCCCAUCAGCUCAGCUUCUUUAAUCUUUAUGCCUAACUAAUCAACAGGUCGACACAUCACAAUGUUCUGUUGCCGCUUAUAUCAAGCUUAAAUUUGCAACACUUAGAUGCUUUGUGACCAUGGACAAAAUGGAAGUUGAGAAAGGACUUGGAGAACAACCAGAACCAAUAAGAGACUCUUACAAGAUUGCUUAUAUAAUCCAUUUCUUGCUUGGAGCUGGUAAUUUACUUCCUUGGAAUUCUUUUAUAACUGCUGUGGAUUACUUCGGCAAUCUUUAUCCAAACAAACAUGUUGAAAAGGUGUUUUCUGUUGCUUACAUGAGUUCCUCGGUUUUAGUUCUAAUUAUAAUCAUGAGUAGAGGUGGCUGGAGCAAGAAACUGACUUACAGGAUUAGAAUGAACUUGGGAUUUUCCAUGUUUGUUCUUUCUUCAAUGGUGGCUCCAAUAUUAGACUGGGCUGGAAGACCGAAGGGAGCUUAUGGUUUUACAGUUGCAUCGAUCGUGGUUUGUGGUUUAGCUGAUGGGUUAAUCGGAGGAAGUCUGAUAGGAUCAGCAGGAAAACUUCCUAAAGAGUAUAUGCAGGCUGUGUUUGCUGGAACUGCCUCUUCAGGUGUUCUUGUCUCCGCCUUGAGGAUUAUAACAAAAGCAUCGCUUCCACAGACACCGCAAGGUCUGCGAACAAGUGCUCACUUCUAUUUUAUGGUUAGCACAAUUAUUCUGCUGUUCUGCACUCUGUGUUGCAACUUGUUAUACAAGUUACCAGUUAUGGAACAGCAUUGCAAGCUUCUUCCAGAUGAUGAUUCACAAACUUCAAGGCCAAAAUUUUGGGCUGUUGCAAGAAAAAUCCAGUGGCCAGUUUUUGGAAUUCUAGUAAUUUAUGUUGUGACUCUUUCAAUUUUCCCUGGAUUCAUAGCUGAAAGCCUUGAAUCCAAGUUGCUGCGGGAUUGGUAUCCAGUUCUACUGAUAACCGUGUAUAACGUUUCAGAUUUCAUAGGCAAGUCUUUAACUGCAACUUAUGUUCUGAAGAGCAUCAAUAAGGCAACAUGGGCUUGCAUUCUUCGACUUCUGUUUUAUCCACUCUUUGCAGCUUGCCUACAUGGACCUAAAUGGCUGAGAACUGAAAUGCCUGUUGUAGUACUUACAUUUAUGCUUGGAGCAACCAAUGGCUAUCUGACAAGUGUCAUCAUGAUCCUCACCCCUAAAACAGUUCCAGUUUCCGAAGCCGAGUUAUCUGCAAUAGUAUUGGUUGUGUUUCUAGGACUUGGAUUAGUUUGUGGGUCGGUUCUUGGCUGGUUUUGGAUCGUAUGAGCAAUUUUGAGCUCUCAGGUUUUAUUCAUGGCUAGUUGAUCCUGAAACAGCAAGAACUCGUAGUUAGAUAUUCAAUAACUAAUGUCUAUUCCUAGAUGAAGUAUACAGGGUAGUGAAUUGAAAUUUUCUAUUGCUAAAAAUUGAGAAAUAUGAGUCUGCAAUUUCCUGACCUGGUGA